AUGGCCGGAGAUAACAACCACUUGUUUAUACGACAGGGAACUGGACUCCAGGGACAGACAGUGUUCAGAACUAAGCUCGGGUUCAGACCGUAUUCGACCGAAAGCUUUACGCACAGGAAACUGACGCUCUCUUUGGCGGACAGGAGUCAGAAGACUCAGAAGAUUAGAGUUCUGCCGAAUGUGGGCAAAGACCCGGAGGCGCACCGGACGGAGAUGAUCAAGAAGGAGGAGGACAGACUCAAGGCAUCCAUUCGGCGCGAAAACAAACAGCGCAGAGCACGGGAACGGUCGCUCGUCAGAGGCCCCACCGCUUCCUAUCUGGAACCGGACGGUGAUGAGGACGACGACGAAGAGGGCAUCUCUAUUGCCCGCAUCAAAGACCGCUUCAAACGCGGCGAGUAUUCCAAGUAUACCGACGAACAGGACGUCUCCGCAGACGAGUCCAAAGCCCCCAACGAUGACAAUGAAGAUGACGACGACUCUGACCUCGACUUCCGGAAUGAGAAGAAGAAGAGCGACCGCAAGAAGAUUGUCGAAGACAGCGAUGACGACUGA